AUGGCGACAACUACCGAAACUGCCCUCAAGGGCACCAGUGCCGUCGCGCCUGUGAAACAUCAGGUUGUCGAUAAGGUACCGAAGCGAUUCAGACAGAUCAAGUUCGGCAUCCAGUCAAACCAAGACAUUGUUAAUCAAGCGGUAGUCGAGGUCGCCGAUAGAACCAUGUACGACCUCGACCGCGGAAGAGAGCCCAUUAAGCAUGGACCUCUCGACAAACGUCUCGGUAUCUCGAGCAAGCAGGCUACAUGUCAAACCUGCGACCUGCGACUGACAGACUGUCCUGGCCAUUUUGGUCACAUUCGCCUACCGCUUCCUGUCUUUCAUAUCGGCUACCUGCGUUUCACUAUGAAGAUUCUACAAGAAAUAUGCAAGGACUGCUCACGAGUCCUUCUCACCGAACCUGAACGUCGCAGCUUCCUCAAGAUGCUGCGCAAAGCUCCCGACAACAUGAAUCGUCAGGCCAUCCUCAAAAAGAUCAACGAAACAUGCAGAAAGACAAAGAGUUGCCCCUACUGCACCGCAACAAAUGGCCAAAUUCGAAAGGCCGGCCCUUUGAAGCUGGUCCACGACAAGUUCGUUGCUUUUAACAAGUCCACGUCGCAAAAGAAGCAGCCGCCUCAGUCCAAGAUUGAUUUUGACAACUCCUUCAACGAAGCCAAGAAGCACAACAACGAUUUGGAAAAACACGUUCGCAAGGCUAUGGAGGAUUUGAACCCCCUCAGAGUUCUGAAUCUGUUCAAGCAGAUCAGCUCCACAGACUGCGAGUUGCUUGGCCUGGAUCCUACCGAGGGACGCCCUGAAAUGUUCUUGUGGCAAUUUGUCCCUGCUCCUCCAGUCUGCAUUCGACCAUCCGUCGCACAAGAGGGAGCAAGCAACGAAGAUGAUCUCACUACUACGCUAAGUCAAGUCGUCUUCAUUUGCAGUCUCAUCAGAGGAGCAUUGCAGAAGGGCGCAAGUCUUCAGACUAUCAUGGAGCAGUGGGAUUACCUCCAAUUGCAUAUCGCUGUUUACGUAAACAGUGACGUUCCUGGCCUCACAAAUACUGGAAUUGUGAAGAGCAUGAGAGGCUUCUGCCAACGUUUGAAGGGUAAACAGGGUCGCUUCCGUGGUAACCUUUCUGGUAAACGUGUCGACUUUUCAGGACGAACUGUCAUUUCUCCAGAUCCCAAUCUUGGCAUCGAUCAAGUCGCAGUGCCUAUUUUGGUAGCCAUGAAUUUGACAUAUCCCGAGCGCGUCCAUAGGGAGAAUAUUGAGAAGCUGCGGAAGUGCGUUCUGAACGGGCCCAGUGUCUAUCCUGGAGCACAGGGAAUCAUCAAACAGGACGGCGACCAAACAUACAAACAGACGCUCAAGUUCGGUGACAGAACCAGGGUAGCUAAGGAACUACGCUUCGGUGAUGUUGUUGAGAGACAUCUCGAGGAUAACGACAUUGUUCUGUUCAACCGUCAGCCAUCUCUCCACAAGCUCAGUAUCAUGAGUCAUUUGGCCAAAAUCAGACCUUGGAGAACAUUCCGUCUCAACGAGUGUGUGUGCAACCCUUACAACGCCGAUUUCGAUGGUGAUGAGAUGAACCUUCACGUCCCACAAACAGAAGAGGCACGUGCGGAAGCAAUCAACCUCAUGGGAGUCAAGAACAACUUGGCUACACCCAAGAACGGUGAACCUGUCAUUGCUGCAACACAGGAUUUCGUCACUGCAGCCUACCUUCUCAGUGGCAAAGAUGUCUUUUACGACCGCAAGACCUUUACCUACAUUUGCCAGCAUAUGAUGGACGGCAAGACCCACCUUGACCUGCCACCUCCUGCUAUCCUCAAGCCUCAACGCUUGUGGACGGGAAAGCAAGUCUUCAGUAUCCUCAUGAGGCCGAACAAGCAGUGCAACGUCAAGAUCAACCUGGACGCCAAAUGUAGAGAAUAUGUGCCUCCGAACAAGGGCUCAAGUGACCCCAGAGAACGAUCAAGGGCUCCUGACAUGUGUCCAAGUGACGGCUGGCUCGUUGUACGCAACUCUGAAGUCAUGUGCGGCAGAAUGGACAAGUCGACUGUCGGAGCUGGCAAAAAGGACUCAAUCUUCUAUGUCAUCAUGAGAGAUUUCGGUCCAGACGAGGCCGUCAUCGCCAUGAAUCGUCUCGCUAAGCUUUGUGCUCGAGCUUUAACAAACCAGGGAUUCUCAAUCGGUAUUGGUGAUGUCUUUCCCACAGCAUCUCUCACUGCGGAGAAGCAGGAGCUGGUUAAGAACGCGGUCAAGAAGACAGAUCAGCUCAUUGCCUCCUACAACGACAAGACACUACAGAAAGCAGCAGGUUGUUCCAUGGAAGAAACGUUGGAGAACUCCAUUUCCGGUACACUCAGUCAAGUUCGUUCGGCUGCUGGUGCAUACUGUAUCGCAACUCUGAGUACCAAGAAUGCUCCAUGGAUCAUGGCUACAUCAGGUUCGAAGGGUUCGAAUAUCAACGUCGCUCAGAUGAUUGCCCUUGUCGGACAACAGAUCAUAGGAGGAUCACGUGUCGCCGAUGGCUUUCAAGAUCGCACACUACCACACUUUCACAAAUUGGCACGUCAACCAGCAGCCAAAGGUUUCGUGGCAAACAGUUUCUACACAGGUCUCGUGCCAACUGAAUUCUUGAUGCACGCCAUGUCCGGACGUGAGGGUCUGGUCGAUACCGCUGUCAAGACUGCAGAGACCGGUUACAUGUCCCGACGUCUCAUGAAAUCUUUGGAGGAUCUUUCCACGCAAUACGAUGACACGGUUCGAACAUCUGGCGGCAAUGUGGUGCAGUUCCAAUUCGGAGCUGACAAGCUCGACCCCGUAGAUAUGGAGGGUUCGGCCGUGCCGGUGCACUUUGAUCGUACUUGGUCCCACGCCGAAAACCUGACAUGGAAUAACAAGGAACGCGCACUCUUACCAUUUGAGAUUCGUGAAAUUUGCGACUCCAUGAUCGACAAGGAACGAGCUCGAUACCAGCGACGAGGCUUAUUACAUGGCGAGCCACUCCACUACGAAGAUGAGACCGAUUACGGAAUUGAUGAGCACGAGAGUAGCCGGCAUUUCCUCAGAACUAUUGAAGGAUACGUGAACGACCUGGCAAAGAAGUUGGCACGAGUUCGCGAGGAGUUUGGCCUGGAUGGAUAUCUCGAAAAGCCAACUUUGAGUGCUGCCACUAUAGACAAGAACGAAAAAGGAGACCCGGCAAGAACCCAUACCGAGAGGGUUGCCAAGGUGUCCCAGCGAACGCUUGUUCACUUCAUCACUCUGUGCUUGGAGAAGUUCAAGAAGGCGCAUGUAGAACCUGGCCACGCCGUCGGAGCUGUCGGAGCACAGUCGAUUGGUGAGCCUGGUACUCAGAUGACCCUGAAGACUUUCCAUUUCGCUGGUGUUGCUGGCAUGAGUAUUACACAGGGUGUGCCCCGUAUCAAGGAAAUCAUCAACGCAUCGAAGACAAUCAGUACUCCAGUUAUCACUUGCCCUCUUGAGAACAACAGGCAGAUCGAAGCUGCCCGUGUAGUCAGAGGCCGUGUUGAGAAGACCUUCAUUGAGGACAUUCUCAGACACAUCGAAGACGAAUGGGAAGCAAACAAAGCGUACAUCACACUGGCCAUUGACAUGGAGGCACUAGAAGCAAUGAAUUUGGGCAUUGGUCUUCAUGAUGUGAAGAGCGCAAUUGCCAAAGCCAAGAAGCUCAAGAUCUUGGAGGGAGAUAUGUCAGUCUACCCAAUCGACGGUACCAUUGAGAUUGCAGUCACCCUGCCCGACGAAAGUAAGAGCCGGAGCGUCCGAACCAAGACCGAGACACCGGCAGACUUGCUCACUCGAGUGAGUCACCUCAAGCGUGCCCUGCCGGCGGUUCCAGUUUCUGGUUAUCCGGAAGCCGCUCGUGCCAUUAUCCAGACUGCCGAAGGAAAAGCCGACAAGCCUGGCGAAGCUCCUCCUUACGUCCACACAGUUCUGGUGGAAGGGUAUGGCCUUCGACAGUGCAUGAACACUGAAGGUGUCAUUGGUACCAAGGUCAUCUCGAACAACGUCAUGGAGGCCAACCAAGUACUCGGUAUCGAAGCAGCGCGAACAACCAUUGCAAAGGAAAUUGACGCCGUCAUGGGAGAAAUGGACAUCGAUCCGCGACAUAUGGAGUUGUUGGCAGAUGUCAUGACCUACAAGGGCGAGGUGUUGGGUAUCACGAGAUUCGGUCUCUCCAAGAUGCGUGACUCGGUCCUUCAGCUUGCUUCCUUUGAGAAGACGCCCGACCACUUGUUUGAAGCUGCAGCCGGCAUGAAGGGAGACAAGAUUGAGGGUGUUUCGGAAAAGAUCAUCAUGGGACAAACCAUGACAGUAGGCACUGGUGCAUUCCAGGUUGUCAGAAAGCUGGGUCUCAGUGACCAACAUCUUCAAAAGCUACCGACAGCCUUUGAAGACGCAUGGGCUGCUGAUACCAAAGAGAGAAAGAAGCUCAAAUCCAGGAAGGCUUAG